AUGAAGUUUUAUUUAGUCAUAAACUAUCUACUUUGUUUAUGUUGUGCUACAUUGGCAGACAGUGAAUUGUUGUCAGUUGUGCAGAUAUUUAGACAUGGCGAAAGAACACCUGUCAUUUUCUAUCCAACGGAUCCAUACCAAAAUUCAAAAUUCUGGAAUGACUUAGGACCUGGAGAAUUAACAGAGAAUGGAAAACACCAACUAUACAACUUGGGAACAUUCUUUAGACAAAGAUACGACACCUUCAUUGGAGAAGUAUAUAAUGAAAAACAAAUUACAGUGAAAUCCAGCAAUUCAAAAAGGAAUAUCCAGUCUGCUAAAUCUUUUUUGGACGGUUUGUUUUCGAAAACAGACCAGAACAUCACAAUAGAAAAAGCAACAUGGCCCGUUAUGAGCGUCAUAUUUGUCUGUCCAAAAUUCGAUGUUGAAUAUUUGAAACUGGAAGGAACGAACCAAAAACUUAUAGACAUUAACAAAAAUAAUAAGGAGCUCUAUGAAUACGUCAGAAAGCAUUCGGAGUUUCCGGUAUUUGGUUUGGUUUCGACUUUCCUUGUUUGGGAUACUCUUAAAAUAGAAAAUGCAGUAAAAAUUGCUUUACCCGAGUGGACCAAUGCUGUUUUUCCUCAGAAAUUAACAGAAGCUUCCAACAAUUUGAGUACUUUUGUUUGUUAUAAUGAAGAACAACAAAAAUUAGGAGUUGGUCCGUUCAUAAACGAACUGAUUGAACAUUUCGAAAAAAUAAUAGAAGGCACAGAGGAACCAAAAACCAUUCUUUUCAGCGGCCACGACAUUAAUAUAGCUUGUUUUUUAGGUACGUUACAUUAUUAUCAAGAAACGAAUAAUCCACAUGUACCACCGUUUGCAAGCAGUCUUACUUUUGAGCUAUGGAAAGAUGACGAUCAUUUUUUUGUUUAUAUUUACUAUAAGCCUGAUGAGGAAUCCAUUCCAGUUAGCGUUAAAAAUUGUGGAUUCAAUUGUGAAUUUGAAGAAUUUAAGAAAAUGUUCGAAAAUAUAAGACUUAAAAGUGAAGAUUGGUAUUCUGAAUGCUUAUUUUUAUAA